AUGACCCAGGGAAAGCUCUCCGUGGCUAACAAGGCCCCCGGGACCGAGGGCCAGCAGCAGGCGAACGGUGAGAAGAAGGAGGCUCCAGCAGUGCCGUCCGCCCCGCCCUCCUAUGAGGAGGCCACCUCCGCGGAGGGGCUGAAGGCGGGGGCCUUCCCCACAGCCCCUGCAGCGGUGCCCCUGCACCCCAGCUGGGCCUAUGUGGACCCCAACAGCGGCUCCAGCUACGAGGGCCGUUUCCCCCCCGGAGACCAUGAGCUCUUCACCACCUUCAGCUGGGAUGACCAGCAAGUUCGCCGAGUCUUCAUCAGAAAGGUCUAUACUAUCCUGCUGAUCCAGCUGCUGGUGACCUUGAGUGUCGUGGCUCUCUUUACCUUCUGUGACCCCGUUAAGGACUAUAUCCAGGCUAACCCAGGCUGGUACUGGGCAUCCUACGUUGUGUUCUUUGCGACCUACAUGACCCUGGCCUGCUGUUCUGGACCUAGGAGAUAUUUCCCCUGGAACAUGAUUCUUCUGACCGUCUUUACCCUGUCCAUGGCCUACCUCACUGGGAUGCUGUCCAGUUACUACAACACCACCUCGGUGCUGCUGUGCCUGAGCAUCACCGCCCUCGUCUGCCUGUCCGUCACCAUCUUCAGCUUCCAGACCAAGUUUGACUUCACCUCCUGCCAGGGCGUGCUCUUCGUGCUGCUCAUGACGCUCUUCUUCAGCGGGCUCAUCCUGGCCAUCCUCCUGCCCUUCCAAUACGUGCCCUGGCUCCACGCAGUGUAUGCCGUGCUGGGAGCAGGCGUGUUUACAUUGUUCCUGGCGUUUGACACUCAGCUGCUGAUGGGAAACCGACGCCACACGCUGAGCCCCGAGGAGUAUGUUUUCGGAGCCCUCAACAUCUACCUGGACAUCAUCUACAUCUUCACCUUCUUCCUGCAGAUUUUUGGCACCAGCCGGGAGUGA